AUGGAUUAUGUACCCACCAAACAGGUGUCAGCGCAUGGCAGUGCGCCCGUAGAACAGACGUAUGCUACCGCGGAACACAACUUCGUUGGGCAACAAGGCGACAUAUUUACAGUGCUGAUCGGACUUCCCGGGACGCCCACAGAYCCAUCCACUGGGCUGGCCCCGACAGGCUGCGAUAGUCAGGCCGCAAAUCAGACAUGGCGUUGUCAAGGCUAUGCGGCCGCGAGCUGCGCGGCAUUUCCAUGUAUCAGGACUUACAGCGCCAAUGUCACGAACGGAGUUUUGCAUGAGGAAAUCAUAAACACAGAUCAGACUGCUCUAAGCUCAUCGUCAGGAACCUGGUUCGACAGGUUCUCCGAGGUCUAUGGAGCGCUGGAUCUUUCAUGUCUGACCGACGAAGAGCGCGACACACUGCGCGGCCGCAAUUACACAUGGGAUGCAUCUGCRUCGUUCUUGUCAUACAACAUAACGAGUGCGGCCGAUCAAAAGCAGCGCAAAGGUUAUGACAUUGGUAAAGCAUCGACGACCCUGGAGCAAGGGUUUGUGGAUCGUGGGUGUCUCUAUGUGGUAGACGGCGACUUCAAUGACAGCCUUCAGUCCUUCAUAGGAGCCUUUGGUGGCAAUCUUACGGGCAUGGUUGGUGACGCCACCAAAAUACUUCGCAGUCUCAAUGGAUCUCCGGUCAUGCAAUCCAUCUUCAACUACGGCGAUUAUUCCCUGGAGCAUACCAGUUCACUAUUUGACAACAUCACAACAUCACUCUCCAACUACAUGCGGAGGAACCCCGGAAGCCCUGACAUGGUGCGAAAAUCUUAUACAUUCAACUACGAUCCCUCUCCGAAUGGAAAUUCGUCCAGUGUCUCCCUCGAAGCUGGCACGCUCAUGAGAUCUAUACCCGGUCAAUCCUGGACGACGAGGACCUGUGUACGCGUUCAAUGGCCUUGGCUAGCAUUGCCCGCUGCUCUAGCUCUCCUGACGCUGGUCUUCUUCGUCGGCGUGACCAUCACCUGUGGGGGUUUGCCAAAGGACGUUCGAACCUGGAAGACUUCGCCAUUGCCCCUAAUGUUCUACGGAUCCACCACGAACCAUGUCGGGAAUGAUAAUGGCCAGCACUGGUCCAAAGCGGAAACCCAACACGUCGAUGAUAUGAAUGCAGCAGCUAAGAGCAUGAACGUGACGCUGCAUUGCAAUCAUGGUACUGGAAUUGUGACGUUUGACCACGAGUGCCCAACGACGAAGGAAUAA